GUUUAAGUGUUGGACUAGGACUCAGGGAAGUCAGUGUUCUAGUUCCUAUUCAUCCAUUGGAACCCACUGAGGGACAUUGGACAAGUUAUGUUGACUGCUUAAGAGGAAGGCAAUGACAGAUUUCGUCUGAAUAAAUCUUGCCAAGAAAUCCCUAUGGUAGAGUCACCGUAAGUCAGAAUUGGCUUGAGGGUACAUGAGAGAAGCAACAAUAAUAGUGUUGUUUUUAAAACCACAGCUACAGAGUACAAGUAGACUAGUCAAGUAAAAACUUCUGUAGGAUACCCACUAGAAUAAUUUUGGUCCAAAAUCAGGGACAUUGUCAGAGAAGAAUGCAAAAAGAGAGUAUCUAUAGCCAAAAAGAAAGAUGGCUUACAAAUGAAACUUUUAAGACUCGGAGAAGCAAAAGUAAAAGGUGACAGAAACAGGAUCAGAAUCCCAAAUGCAAACAUUCAGUAGGGACAAAGAGAACUAUGAUAAUAAUCAGUGCAAAACAAAGAUAAAGACAAGUGACCUCUUCCACAAGAUCUGAGAAAUGAAAAGAAAAUGCAAACCAAGAGUAGGGAGACUGUGGGGCAAAUAAGCAAAUUCAUUUGAUCAAACAAAAUAAAAAGAUGAUGGGAGACAUACACAGACGAACAACAUAAAAGAGAUGAAAUGAUGACAGAUUCCUUCAAGGAAGAACAAUUUGAAGAUGAAACCACAAUUUUAGAAGGUGAAGUGGAAGCUACUUUCAAAGUGCUUAGGAAAAAUAAAUCACCAGGAACAGAUGGUAUACCAGUACAGCUAUUUCAAAGCUGUGGAGACAGAACCCAUUCCAAUUUUAACAGAAUUUAUUAAAACAAAUAGAGAAAAAGCAUUGGCCCACAGAAUGGAAACAACAUUCCAGUCCCUGAGAAAGGAAAUGUCAGGGAUUGUCAUAACCAUUGGACUACAGCACUGAACUCCCAUGCAAGUAACGUGAUGCUCAAGAUUUUACAGCAAAGACAAUUACCAUAUAUUGAACAAGUAAUGCCAGACUUCUAAGCUGUUUUCAAAAAGCUCUUCUCACUGAUGGAGAUGAAGCCUCCUAUUUCUCGUGCAAAGAUGAUUCUCAUUACUAAAGCUGCCAUUAAAGCUAUUAAGCUUUAUAAGCAUGUAGUCCAGAUCGUAGAGAAGUUUAUAAAAAAGUGUAAACCAGAAUAUAAAGUUCCUGGAUUAUAUGUAAUUGACUCUAUUGUUCGUCAGUCUCGUCAUCAGUUUGGAACAGACAAGGAUGUUUUUGGGCCAAGAUUUUGUAAAAAUAUAACUGCCACAUUCCAGUAUUUAUAUCUCUGCCCAUCGGAAGAUAAGAGUAAGAUAGUUCGUGUCCUGAACCUAUGGCAGAAAAAUGGAGUAUUUAAAAUAGAAAUUAUUCAGCCUCUCUUGGACAUGGCAGCAGGAGCUAGCAGCACAGCUUCAGUGACUGAUGAUGCCACUAAUAAUGAAGGUUCACCACCUCCUACCACAACAAUUCCAUCAGAGCCUCCCCAGGUUUCUUCUAAUUCAGUACCUGCUGUGCCACAAUUGCCCAGUUCUGAUGCUUUUGCAGCUGUAGCUCAAUUAUUUCAAACUACACAAGGACAACAAUUGCAACAGAUCCUUCAGACUUUUCAGCAGCCUCCUAAACCUCAGUCUCCAGUGACAGAUAAUAAUGUGAUGGCUCAGGUCCACGCUAUUACCACUCAGCUGCAAACUACAACAACACAAUCAUCAGAACAAAAGCAUGAUUUCCCAGCCCCAGAACAAAAGACAUCUUUUGAUAAGAAGCUGUUGGAUCGAUUUGACUAUGAUGAUGAACCAGAAGCAAUGGAAGACCCAAAGAAAGAGGAAUCACUUCCUUCUCCUUCAGUAUCUCAGCCAACCUUUGGAUUUCCAAGUGAAGGCAUACAACAACCGGCUUAUCCCCAGAUCCCAAAUAUAGAUCAGUUUCAGCAGCGAAUGUUGGGAAUGCCACAGGAUCCUAUGCUUCAUCAGGUUGCACUUCCUCCAAAUGGACAGAUACCAAGCUAUGGGCUUCUACCUGCCCCACAGUUUCCUUCCAUAGCUCAACCUGUUAUACAGCCUUCAUCACAGGUUCAGCAAUCUUUCCAGCCUUCUUUUCCAGCACAAAGUGACUCACAUAUACAGAAAACACAUCAACAGGAAAUGGAAGUAAAUCAGCCUCCUGUUCAAGAAGGAAAGAGGCAUGAGAACAGAAAGUCAAGAUCUAGAUCUGCAUCUAGCUUUUCAACAUUUUUGCUUAAUAUAAGGUCACCCAAAAGGAGAAGGUCACGCUCUGGUUCUCGAAACCGAAGAUCACGUCAUCGUCGUUCUCGUUCCCGUUCUCGAGAUAGACGUCGCCAUUCUCCUAGGACACGUUCCCAGGAGAGACGGGAGAGGGAGAGGGAGAGAGAGAGGAGGGGAAAGGGCCUUCCUCCAAUCAAGCCAGAAACUGUUAGUGUUUGCAGUACAACGCUCUGGUUAGGUCAGCUGGAUAAACGAGCAACACAGCAGGAUGUUGGAGGUCUUCUAGAAGAGUUUGGUCCAAUUGAAUCCAUAAAUAUGAUACCACCAAGAGGAUGUGCCUAUAUUGUAAUGGUGCAGAGACAAGAUGCAUACCGUGCCCUGCAGAAACUAAGUCGUGGUAACUUUAAAGUGAAUCAGAAAUCAAUAAAGAUUGCUUGGGCUUUAAAUAAAGGAAUUAAACCUGACUAUAAGCAGUAUUGGGAUGUAGAAUUGGGUGUUACAUAUAUACCAUGGGGUAAAGUUAAGCCUGAAGAUUUGGAAAGCUGCUGUGAAGGAGGAAUGCUGGACAAUGAAACACUUAGUCCUGAAUGGAAAGGAAUUCCCAAAAAAUCAGAAAACCAAGGAGCUCAGAAUGGUGGUGCAGGAAGCGGAGACACUGCACAUAAUGAACAAACAUUGCCUGUAUCUAAAACUUUAUCAGUUCAAAUGCCUGUUCCUAUACCUACACCAAUAACUAUGCCUCCACCACAGGUUCCACCACAUCAGCCUGGUCCUCCAAUGGUUGGUACACUUCAGCCACCUACAUUUACCCCUCCAUUAGGAAUGCCUCCUCCUGGAUUUGGUCCUGGAGUUCCUCCACCACCACCACCACCAUUUUUGAGACCUGGCUUCAGUCCUAUGCAUUUACCACCAGGCUUUCUUCCUCCUGGGCCACCACCACCUAUUAAUCCUCCUGUUUCAGUUCCUCCUGUUUCUGCCCCUCCUUCUGCAGCAGUAAACAUCCCAAACUCUACUAUGGCCAUUAUAAAUGAGGACACUACAACAGACUCUGGGGGGAAUCCCAUUUCGAUAGUUACCGGGUCUAGAGGAAAUGCUGAAAAUGCAGAUGCCUCCAAAGGAUAUGCAAAUACUCCAACGCCUACAACUUCGACUAGUAUACCAGCUCCUGUCACACAACCUGUUCCACUCCUUGGUACUCAAGGAGGUACACCUAGUCCUGUGAUUGGCCUUCAGACACCUUCCACAGGCCUUCUGGGUGCACGGCCUGGUUUGAUACCACUCCAGCGACCCCCAGGAAUGCCACCACCUCACCUGCAGCGGUUUCCGAUGAUGCCACCUCGGCAUAUGCCUCCCCACAUGAUGCACAGAGGCCCACCUCCAGGCCCAGGAGGCUUCGGGAUGCCCCCACCUCAUGGGAUGAAAGGCCCUUUUCCACCACCUGGGCACUUUGCAAGGCCUGGUGGUCCUGAUGAUAGAGAUGGAAGGCAGUUCAGGAAUGAUAGGCAGCAGUUUACUCCAAAUAGAGACCAGGAAAGGUUUGGAAGGCGGUCUUUUGGAAAUCGGAUAGAAAAUGAGCGCGAGCGUUAUGGUACCCGCAAUGAUGACAGAGAGCAUGAACGCCUUGGUAAUCGUGAAAGGAGAGAAUGGGGAAGAAGAAGCCCUGAACGUGAUAGACACAGAGACUUGGAGGAAAGAAAUAGACGUUUCAGUGGACAGAGAGAGAGAGAUUCUAGGGAUAGGGAAUCCCGGAGAGACAAAGACGAAAAUCGAGGAAAAGAGAAAUCUGAGUUGACAGACAGGGUAGAUGGUGUCAAAAACCAUGAAUCCCAGAGUGGUAAAGCAGAAAACACAGACUCUGCUUCAGAACUGAAUAAAGCAGAGUCUGAGUCCACAGGUGUAAAACCUGCCGAAGAGUUAACAUCCGAGACUACCUCAGCUCUUGAACAACCUGACAAGGCUACUGGCUCAGUCGUAGAGGGUUCUCGCUAGAGACUGGAUUUUUGUUUUGUCAAAAGCAAAGUGACAUUGCAGUGUAGAGCUUUAGAGUUGUACAGUAUGCUGUAUAUUUGCUUUUGCUUUAUCACAAUUCCCCCAUAGUUCAUGGGGAAAUGUAAGCAAUUUGAUUGCUUCCCUUCUAUUUAAAGUAGCUACAAAAUAACACACACAAACAGUGAAUAAACCAUUGGCCAUUUUUUGCUGUAACUUUUUAAAAGUUUUGACUUUAAAAAGUUUACAAGACAAUUAGAAGCGCUUUCUAUUUUUUUUUUUUAAUUUAAGUGAAGGUAAUGGUAAAAGCUCCUAAAAACAAAUAGGGAUGUUUUUAAUAAACUCUAUUUUCAUAACAAA